AUGGCAACCCCUAUAAGCCAAAUGCAUCUCCGUAUCAAAGGUCAAACGACAUGUAUUUACCACAGGGGAAGACAGCUAGACUUGUAUUGUGAAACAUGUCAGGAACUGGUUUGUCAAAAAUGCCUUUCUUCUAAUCACAAAAACCAUGCAGUUUGUGAGCUAAGUGAAAUCACCCAUCAGGAGGAACCCGACAUUAAAAACUUUAUAGACAGAACAGAAAAACAUGACCUCGUACAAAUUGGGAAAUACAUCAACUCUACUGAUACGCUCCUUAAAGACAACACCAGUAGUUUUGAGAAGCUGUCACAAAAGUUAAAAAUGCAAACAGAAAAAUUAAAACAAGAGCUGGACAUGCUUACAACACAGACACUCUCUCUUUACCACAAAAUGGAAGAGGAUAAUACCAAGCUGAUAAAGAAAUACAAACAGGACCUGGAGGUGUACGAGAAACAACUCAAAAAACAAAUUCAUGAAUGUAAAGCAGCUCUCCAGCGUGGUUCACACAUACAGAUUUAUGAUACAUUUUGUGAGAUCCAUUCUCCUACACCCAGUCUCCCUGUAAAACCUGUCCUGGGUACUGCCAACUUCACUCCAAAUGAAAAUCCUCAAGAUCACUUGAAAGAAGCCUGGGGAAAAGUUAUCACCUCAGGUCAAGGUCAAACUUUAACUGACCAGGAUCGGUCAGUCUCAACAUCUGAUGAUCUGGGACAACCCUCUACACAACAACAACAGUCAGGAGCAAAAGUGAAGAAAGCAGUGACAACAUACAAACUACUGCCACAGACCAAAGUAGUGGAGGAGUGGGAGUCUUCAUGUUACAUUAGUUCUAUAUGUCCCACCACUGAUGGUCAGAUGUGGACCAAGUACAGUGACACAUUAACUCUCCUGGACAGGAAGGGUGAAGUAAAACAGAAGGUCAAUCACAAUGUCUACAUCAAUGACAUCAGUCUGUCACCCACCACACACACACUGUGGGUCUGUGAUGAUAACAACAACAUCAUGGAGCUGGUAUCAGGACGACUGACACACAGAUUCAGUACCAAGGAGUAUCCCAUGUGUAUAUGUGUUACAGCCAGUAACCAUGUCAUUGUAGGGAUGAUCAAACACAUCUCCAAAUUUACCUCAGAUGGUAAAAUGGUGUGUACUUCUAUGGCUAAAGGGACUGUGAAUCUAUUAGUGUGGUUUACUACUAUGGUUAAAGGGACCGAGAAACCAUUAGUGUGUUCACCACACAGGAUCUCGGAGUGUCCUGUCACUCACAAUGUGGCAGUCGCUGAUUUCAGUCGUGAAAGUGAUGGUGGUGAUGGAAAACGACAUGUUGUUGUAAUGGACACUGAUUUCAAGGAGCUGUUUGUAUAUAGAGGUGACAUCCCCAGUACAUAUAAACCAACACCAUCAACAGUAGGUAAACCAUUUAACCCCCAUGGUGUGGUGUAUGACAGUGUGGGGAACCUGAUCAUAGGGGACGGUGACAACUUCAGGGUCCUUCUCAUCAGUGGAGGUGGUGAGUUCCUCAGGGUCAUACACACUAACACAGGCCGUACAGACGCUGUAGGUAUAGACAGGGAGGAUGUCCUGUGUGCAGUGUUUGGGUAUAACAAAGUCAAACUACUACAGUACAGCAGUGUGUGA